AUGAUAACUUCAAAAAAGCUAAUAGUCCAGGAGAAUACACUACAUUCUGCUAUCCCAGUUUUUUUUCGGCAUAUAAUACCUAAAAGUUUUGACAUUUUCAAGAAAGUUCACUUGUCACCAAACAUUAUUUUGGCUCUAGUAAGGGCCAAAAAUAACGAUAUUAGCGACACAUGUCCAUUUGAAAACUGCCAAAUUCUGACAUUAAUAAAGAAAAAUAAAUACAAGUAUUUGCAUCAACCUUGGAGAAAGUUAUUCAUAGGCACAACUAGGGGGGUGCUAAGCACACCUAAGCAAAAAUUAGCACUCCUAUUCGGCAUCCCACCAUAG